AUGGGGGAUACAGAGCCGAACUCCCCCACGUGGAAGUUCACACAAUGCUUUGGUGAUAAGGGAGACGUGGAGGAUAUCACAGAAGCGGAUAUCAUCUCCACCGUUGAGUUUGACCACACCGGAAACUACCUCGCAACGGGCGACAAGGGUGGGCGCGUUGUCCUGUUCGAGAGGAACGAAACAGACGGAGAGCGAGCGGCUGCUGAUAUAGGGCCGGCGGCGUCCCCCCCCCUCGUGCAGAAGAAAACGUGUGAAUACAAAUUCCACACCGAGUUCCAGUCCCACGAACCCGAGUUCGACUACCUCAAGUCCCUGGAGAUCGAGGAGAAGAUCAACAAGAUAAAGUGGUGUCGGCGGCAAAAUGCGUCACACUAUCUGCUUUCCACAAACGACAAGACCAUCAAGCUAUGGAAGGUGUUUGAGAAGUCGCUCAAGGUUGUGGCCGAGAACAACCUGUCCCACGACCUGACACCCGGCGGCCUUGCCGUCGGUGGCGGGGCACCACGGCCGUUGCCCAGCGUGCACUUCAGAAAUGCAAGCGACCUCAAGCUGCCACGCUUGACGCACCACGACACCGUCGUUGCGGCCGUCCCCCGCCGGACGUACGCGAACGCCCACGCAUACCACAUCAACAGCAUCUCAGUCAACAGCGACGGCGAGACCUUUAUCAGCAGCGACGACCUCCGCAUAAACCUGUGGAACCUAAACAUUCAGGACCAGAGCUUCAACAUUGUGGAUAUCAAGCCAGCGAAUAUGGAGGAGCUGACCGAGGUCAUCACUGCUGCCGAGUUUCACCCCCUCAGCUGCAACUGGUUCAUGUAUGCCAGCUCGAAAGGCACCAUCAAGCUGGCCGACAUGCGGGAGAGUGCGCUCUGUGAUCAGCAUGCCAAAUUAUUUGAGCAAGAGGAAGAUCCACAAUCCCGCUCGUUCUUCUCCGAAAUCAUCUCCUCCAUCUCCGACGUUCGCUUCUCCUACGACGGCCGCUACAUCCUGUCCCGCGAUUACCUGACGGUUAAAAUCUGGGACGUGAACAUGGAGCGGCAGCCGGUCAAGACCAUUCCCAUCCACGAGCACCUGCGGCCACGGCUAUGCGACACAUACGAGAACGACAGCAUAUUCGACAAGUUUGAGGUUGUCUUUUCAGGCGAUGCCAAGAACGUCAUGACGGGGAGCUAUAAUAAUAAUUUCAUGAUCUAUCCGACCGACCCCGACAAGGAGAUGGAGGUUGUAUUGCAGGCGGACAAGUCUGCUUUCAAGGCCAAGAAGGUCGGCGUGCCCACGCCGAUCAACUCGUCGACGAGCCCGUCGGCAAAUGGAAAGAAGGACAGCUCCAGAGCGGGAAGCCCUGCGGGACAAGGCCAACGGAUGCGGAAGGAGACGGAUGCGGACCAGAUCGACUUCAACAAAAAGAUCUUGCAUAUGAGUUGGCAUCCAUUCGAAGACAGCAUUGCCAUUGCCGCGACGAACAAUCUGUUUGUCUUCUCUGCUCUGUAA